UAGUUGAUUUCCCUGUGUAGCGUAUGAGAUGGCUCAGGACAAGUUAAUAUGGAAGAUCGUGUUGGAUUUCUUUAUAUUAUGCUGUUUGGCCUCUCCCCUCCUGUACUUCCAGUUCUGGAGCAAGCCAAAGCUAGGAGGUUUCUUCGUGGAUGACCACAGCCUCCACCUGCCGUAUACACAGCAAACUGUACCUGAGGCUGCGCUGGCGCCGGCUGGCUUCGCUCUUGUCAUUGUGACGAUAAUAAUCGUCGAAUAUGUCCGCGACAAGAAGGGCCGGAGCGUCGGCGAGAAGUUCUUAUGCGACCACCUGAUCCCCGGCUGGGUGUGGACCAGCUACGUUACCAUUGGUAUCUUCACGUACGGCGCAGUCGUGCAGCAGGUCACGUCCGAGACUCUGAAACAUAUCGUUGGGAGGCUUAGGCCGCAUUUCUUUGAUGUCUGCCGUCCGAUCUACAACGCGUCAGACCCUGCCAAUGCCAACGGCUUCAUCCAGGUCUUCACCUGCGCAGACCCGAACGAUUCGCGCACGAAAGAGCUCAGCCAGCUCAGCCUGUCAUUCCCUAGCGCGCAUGCAAGCUUCGCUAUGUACAUCGCCGUAUUCUACAUUAUAUACCUCCAACUGAAAUGUAAAUGGCGAGGUUCGAAACUGCUCCGACACGCAGUGCAGUUCCUCAUUCUGUUGGCUGCGUUAUACGUUGGCAUAUCGAGGGUUGUAGAAAACUUUCAUCACAGAGAUGACGUGGCUAUCGGCUUCGUCAUAGGAGCCAUCGCGGCCGUUCUAGUGGUGAAAUUUGUGCUGAAACCCAAGAAGUACAUGUCUGGGACGUGGCAGGAGACGCAACAGCAGAAUAUCCUGCCGCGGCCGGUGUUGGCACGGUGACUUGGCGACUUUAGAAUUGCAAACUAAAAUAUGGCUUUGCUUGGCUUUUGAGUGGACUUGAGGACGUUAUUUCUGCGCAUGUUUGAGAAAAAAUCAUUUUUCUCAAUCAUUAGAAACGCGCCAGCAAAAGAUUUUUACACAACAUUGUCGGUCUAGGCCUACAAAUUGAGCUGUGUGUUCUAUUCGUUUCGUUACUAGCAAAAGGAACUGAGUACUGAGUUAAGUAUGAAAUCGGUUUUUUGACGUUAAAUUAAUUUUAACGUGACUAAAACUAUAUACUGUUAUUAUGUAGGUAGGAAUUAUAUAGGUAUUUCAAUAGGUAUGUCAGUAAGAGCGUUUUCACAUUGUCCGGUCCGAUAUCGGAAGGAAGUAAAAUGUAACAUAUAUGUGCUUCUCCGUAUUUAUUUAUGCAUUUAAUGAAUCAUUAUUACUAAAAACUAACUUAGUGCCAAUGGCACUCUCCUGCAGAUGUUUUUUCAUAGGUCCGACAUCCGAUAUCGGAAAGGCGCUUCCGAUAAAUCAAAGAUAGAUAUAACUCCGUAAUAGAUAGAUACAGUCUAAGGAAAAAACGUGCCUCGAAAAUCAAGAAAAUUUGAUUCUCGUUCAGAGGGCGCUACUAGCUUUGGCCAACUGUCGUAUAGAUGGCGUUGACGGUUUCGUUUGUUAUUUAACAAUUUUAACGCAUAUCAGUGAAAGAACAUGGGUCAAAAUAAUAAAAAUAAUUAAUGCAAAUAAAAAAAAUCAUUUAUCCAUAUCUAAAUACAUUUUAUCGUAUUUUUUAAAAUAUUUAUUUUUAGUUUUAAAGUGUGUCGACAGAUGGCAGUGAAUUUACUGGGGUUACAAAAUUUAGUAUGACUUUACCGCUCUAGUAUAAGUUACUCUAUGGAUAAAUUCAGCCAUGUCGGAGCCCCUUGUCAGCCGCUGGGCCGAUAAUAUUUGUUUGUGUGCGUAUGUGUAGGCAUAAUGCUUGUUGUAGUAUGCGUGGCCGAUAAAGACGGCGCCCGUGCGCGCCCCCGCGGCCUGACUACGGAAAUAUAGGAUCCUGCAUCCGAUAUCGGAUCGGACGAUGUUAAAAACGCUCUAAGGGACGUCGACAUAAAAUAGUCGACCUCGAUCGAUGCCAAAAGUUAGACCAAGAUAAGAAAUGGACAGCAUACGCAGUGCAAGUGUUAUAUACACGUCAUAAUUCCAUAGAAGAUGGACGUUUAAAAUAACACUUGUACUGCGUGUGCUAUUAAAAUCGUUGCAGACUUCUUGGUCUAACUCUAGGUAUUUUUUUACAAAGGGACUAAGUUGUUCUUUGACCUUUGGUGCUAAUAUUGAUAGGC